UUUCCGCGUCCCCCGUUGAGCGCUGCUGCACUUCCUCAUUGUGAGUGAUAGCAAAGUGCUCCUCAGUCCAGCGACGCUUCUGACCGAAACAGCACACGCGUUUUGGUUUAUAUCCGAGCCUUGCAAAUGUCGAAGCCUCCUCCCAAGCCGGCCAAGCCAGGCCAAGUAAAGGUGUUCAGAGCGUUGUUCACCUUUGACCCCAGAACGCCGGACGAGCUGUACUUUGAAGAGGGAGACUACUUGUACAUCUCCGACACGAGUGACAGUAAUUGGUGGAAGGGGACGUGCAAAGGAAGGACGGGGCUAAUUCCAAGUAACUAUGUGGCCGAGCAAGCAGAGUCUGUCGACAAUCCAAUGCACGAAGCAGCCAAACGAGGUAAUCUGAGCUGGCUGAGGGAAUGUUUGGAUAACAAGGUUGGAAUCAACGGGCUGGAUAAGGCUGGAAACACUGCUCUCUACUGGGGAUGCCACGGAGGACAUAGAGAUGUGGUGGAGCUGUUGCUAAGCCAGUCCAACGUGGAGCUCAACCAGCAGAAUAAACUUGGGGACACUCCUCUGCACGCUGCAGCCUGGAAAGGUUACUCUGACAUUGUGGAAAUGUUGCUAACCAAGAAUCCGAGGACGGACAUCAGGAACAACGAGAACAAGCUGGCUCUGGACAUGGCCACCAACGCCCAGUGUGCCUCACUUCUCAAGAGGAAGCAGGGAAACAACAUCACCCGCACACACAGCAACGCUGAAGAGUAUUUGGACGACGAGGACUCGGACUGAGUCGACCCUGUUGAAACACCAUCACUGUCUUCCGUUGGGUUUGGGGUGGGUGGGGUCGUGGAGCUCGGAAAGAUUUAACAGACCUAAAGUGGAUUUGCUGCUCAGUUUCAAACCGUAACUCCAUUUUGGUUCUGUUGUUGUGUGCAAACACGUCAGUUCUCGGCCCUCUGUGUCACAUUUGUGUAAAUUACAAAACAUUGAAUUAUUAAUGCCUUUUUAAAGAUCACCUGCUUUUUGCCAAGCGCAUUUUCCACACGUGGGGGGAUUUCACUUGGAGCAGCUGCAGCACACUGUGGACUGAGGGGUCGGAUAUGUGUCGAGGUGGAAAAUGGACCAACACUCUAAGAAACACAUUCCAAACUACAGAUUAAGUUCAACCCAUUUACACUGGGCAUUAAAGUGCCAGUGCAGAUUAAAAGAUUGAUCUGGUCUGUGUGUCAUUAGGUUUUAGUGCUCCACUUUAUCUACUGAGCCACAGAAUCUCGACACGAAGAAUUGGAAACACAUCAUCACCAUCACAACUACGCGCAGUGUAGAUCUCUUUGUGUACACUGGGGGAAACAACAUGUAUAUUUAACCUUAAUAUUUCCCCUUUUAAGUGGGAUGUACCCAAUGAGACCUCACCUCACCUGUUACUCUCUGUACUACAGGUGUUAUAACAUUUCCACUGCGGUUCAAGACCCUCCAUCAGUUCAGUUUAACUAAAAAUACCAACCUGGUUGAAAACAGACUUUAAAUCGUUCUCUCGUCUUUCAAGCUUUCGAUAGUUUGACUUCUAUCCUGGGAGCAAAUUUCUAGUUUUAUUGCUGCUUUCUGACAAAAGUGCCUUAAAUAUGUGUAACAUAGCACGCGUGUGUUUGGUUAUGUAUCAAUGUGAACAUCUAUUUCUCCUCUGAGAUUAUGAGCUUUUGUUCUAGAUUUCUAUCUGCUCUGUUUUCAAGCUGCAAUAAAAGAUUUUUAACAUAA